AUGCCUUCAGUGAUAGAAGUACCCAGCGCUCGAACAGAGCCAAAUGCUCCAAAACUUGCAUAUACACAAGUUCCAGAAACUCAACACGAUUUGGACUGGGCCGACCUGGUCACUCUGGACCUGGCCAAGUUCGAUGAACCAGGCGGGAAAGAAGCUCUAGCUCGACAGCUCUUCGAAGCCUUACAAACGAUCGGGUUCUUCUAUAUCAUCAAUUUUGGUCUGGCCCAAGAAGAGGUCGACAGACAGUUUGCCAUUGGCAAGGCCGUUUUCGACCUCCCCACUGAAGAGAAGCUGUCGUACCGGGCUGACCUGGAGAAUGGUGGCUACAAUGGCUAUAAGCCUCUUGGCCUAAGAGAAAUCAAGCCCGGCAUAUUCGACAAUACCGAGAUCUUCAACAUCCCCAAGUUCAUCCCAGCAUUCGAGAGGAGACAGCCCGAGGUCAUCAAUGCCAACCAGGCAGAGAUAGAGAAUUUUGCUCGCCACAUUCAUCACGACAUCGUUCAUAAGCUGCUGGUGCUGUUUGCCAUCGUCUUGGAGCUCCCGAACGAAAAUUAUUUCUUGAGCAGUCAUCGUUACGAUGAGAAGUCAGAUUGUCAUCUGCGGUACAUGAAAUACCACCAUCGCUCGAAAGAGGAGAAUGAGGCUUUGGAGAACGUCUGGGUAAAAGGACACACGGACUUCGGCUCCCUCACCCUUCUAUUCCGCCAGCCUGUCGCGGCCUUACAGGUUCGCGCCCCAGAAGGCGGGUGGAAAUGGGUCAGGCCACAUCCGGGGAGUAUCACAGUCAACGUGGCUGACGCGCUGGAGAUGCUGACCAACGGCUUCCUCAAGAGCAGCAUCCACCGGGUUGUUGUGCCGCCGCCUGACCAGCGCGGCGCUGAUCGCCUGGGUGUGCUGUACUUCGUCAGACCGGAGGACGAUCUCCAGCUGUGGCCGGUGCAUAGCCCUGUGCUGGAAAGACUUGGAUAUGACAAGGUGCAGGAGGACGUCGUUGGGAUCACCGCUGGGCAGUGGGUCAAGGCGCGGGUACGCGCAGGUGUGAAUAAAAAUGGGAAAGCACGAAGUGAGAUUAAUGAGCAGGAGAUUAUUGGAGGGCGAAAGGCCAAAUAUUACGACUAG